AUGCAGAGGCCUAACAGAGUGUUCCUUCUGCUAAUCAUCGGCCUUUGCUACCUCACCUGCACAACUGCCUCGGGAACGAGCCCUUCGUCCACAUCGUGCAACGGUUCGAUAGCGGAGUGCGACAACGAAAGCGAGCUGCUGAUGGAGUCGGAGAUAAGUCGUAGGUUUCUUCAGACGAAGAAGUACAUAUCGCCUGGGGCUUUGAAGCCAGACCAACCAGUUUGCAAAGGCGGCGGUAGAGGUGAAGCGUAUAGUAAAACAGGAGGCUGUCUUCCUCCUCCGUCUCACCCUUAUAAAAGAGGUUGUUCUAAGUAUUAUCGUUGUAGGUCGGACUCGUGAUCACGGAGGACAUGAGCAAGUUCGAAUUUUUAUUUGGUUUUGAUACAUAGGGGCGAUCUACUGGCGUCACCUUUUUUUACAAAACUUUUGACAUACGUUUUUAAUGAGGCCGGCUUUGUAAUAUAUUUCUACGAUCCGAAUCAUCUAUCUAUUAAGUCUUUCCUCAAA